AUGGCCAGCCAGGACACCACACUGGGCACAAGCAACCCGUUCUAUGAUGUGGCCAGACACGGCAUUCUGCAGGUGGCAGGGGACGACCACUCCGGAAGGCGCGUGAUCACAUUCAGCUGCUGCCGGCUGCCCCCCUCCCACGAGCUCGAUCACCAGCGGCUGCUAGGGUAUCUGAAGUACACGCUGGACCAAUACGUGGAGAACGAUUACACCAUCGUCUACUUCCACUACGGGCUGAACAGCCAGAACAAGCCAUCCCUGGCCUGGCUGCAGAGCGCGUACAAGGAGUUUGACAGGAGGUACAAGAAGAAUUUGAAGGCUCUCUAUGUCGUGCACCCCACAAACUUCAUCAAAGUCCUGUGGAACAUCUUUAAACCCCUCAUCAGUCACAAGUUUGGGAAAAAAGUGACCUAUUUCAACUACUUGAGUGAGCUCCGUGAACACCUCAAAUACGAGCAGCUGAUCAUCCCCCCAGAAGUUCUGCGGUACGAUGAGAAACUCCAGAACCUGCACCAGGGCCAGCCGCUUUCUGCCUCUAAGACGCCGCCACCACGGCCCCCUCUGCCCACCCAGCAAUUUGGUGUCAGUCUGCAAUACCUCAAAGACAAAAAUCAAGGCGAACUCAUCCCGCCUGUGCUGAGGUUCACAGUGACGUACCUGCAAGAGAAAGGACUCCGCACCGAGGGUCUGUUCCGGAGAUCAGCCAGCAUCCAGACCGUCCGCGAGAUCCGGAGGCUCUACAACCAAGGGAAACCUGUGAACUUCGACAGCUAUGGGGACAUUCACGUCCCUGCCGUGAUCCUGAAGACCUUCCUGCGAGAGCUGCCCCAACCGCUGCUGACCUUCGAGGCCUAUGAGCAGAUUCUCGGGAUCACUAGUGUCCCGGGAGAGCAUUUAUAA